AUGACCCGCAAGCCCCUCCGCAUCGGCGUCCUCCUGGUCGGCAACGUCCAACUCCUGGACCUCGCCGCUGUUGACCUCCUCUUCAUGAUCGACCCUUCCUACCUAACUGCCUGCAACCUCCCCAAACCCCUAAUCGAGCUCGGCCGCCCGGUCUCAGUGGUCUACAUCGGCAAAGCAGGCCAAGAAGCACACCAGGCAACGACCUCCCACCUUUCCCUGCAACUCACCCACUCCCCCGCCGAUCCCGCCGUCCAACCAGGCGCUCUCGACAUCAUUCUCAUCCCGGGCCCAGAGCCCUCGACUAUCCCGGAAGCAGAGUAUCUCAAUUUCAUGCGCGCCCACAACACCGCGGGCACGCACAUCCUCAGCAUCUGCACGGGGAUCCUGGUCGUCGCGCACGCGGGGAUCGCCACGGGCAAGCGCGCAACGGGCCCUCGCAUGAUGAUCCCCAUGCUGCGGGAGAAGUUCCCCGAAACGCAGUGGGAUGACUCGCUGCGCGCCGUGCAUGACGGCAAUUUAUGGUGUAGCGGGGGAAUCACCAACGGCCAUGAUCUCAUCGCUAUGUAUCUCAGGACGAUCGUUGCCGAGCCGCUCGUUAAGACCAUCCUCGGUAUGGCGGAUGUGCCUGAGCGCAGUCUGAAAUACGACAGUGCGCCGACGACCGACAACCUGUUCUUCCUGUGGCAGGUGCUCAGGGCGUUGCCGUCGAUGCUGUUCCGGUCCAUCAAGGCGUAG